UUAUAAUUUAGUGCAAUGUGUUUCUUUUCCAUUCAGAUAUCAAAUGCAUUAAUUUUUCUUGGUACAGCUAACGCCCGGGUUGUGGAUCCAGUGAGGGAGUUUGGAUCCCCAGGGUUGGGCAAUGUUGCCUGGAAAGAGAGAGUUGAUGGCUGGAAGAUGAAGCAGGAAAAAAAUGUAAUACCAAUGGCUACUAGCCAUCCUCCUUCAGAAAGAGGAGCUGGAGAUAUUGAUGCCAGCACAGAUGUGCUGGUGGAUGACUCUUUAUUGAAUGAUGAAGCUCGGCAGCCCCUUUCAAGGAAGGUUUCUAUUCCGUCAUCCAGGAUAAACCCAUAUAGGAUGGUUAUAAUAUUGCGGCUUAUUAUUCUCUGCAUUUUUUUGUACUACCGAUUAACGAAUCCCGUUACCAAUGCAUACCCUCUGUGGUUGUUAUCUGUGAUCUGUGAGAUCUGGUUUGCUAUAUCCUGGAUUUUGGAUCAAUUCCCGAAAUGGCUCCCAGUAAACCGUGAAACUUAUCUUGACAGGCUUGCUCUUAGAUAUGAUCGUGAAGGAGAGCCAUCACAAUUAGCUGCUGUAGAUAUAUUCGUCAGUACUGUUGAUCCUUUAAAGGAACCUCCACUUGUUACAGCUAAUACUGUCUUAUCCAUUCUCGCGGUUGACUACCCAGUCGACAAGGUUUCAUGCUACGUAUCUGAUGAUGGUUCUGCGAUGCUGACUUUUGAAGCUCUUUCAGAAACAUCUGAAUUUGCAAGGAAAUGGGUUCCUUUCUGCAAAAAGUACAACAUUGAGCCACGUGCUCCAGAAUGGUACUUUGCUCAGAAGAUUGACUACUUGAAAGAUAAAGUUCAAACGUCAUUUGUGAAAGAUCGUAGGGCCAUGAAGAGAGAAUAUGAAGAAUUUAAAAUUCGUAUAAAUGCACUUGUUGCAAAGGCCCAAAAAGUUCCCGAAGAAGGCUGGAUCAUGCAAGACGGUACCCCAUGGCCUGGAAAUAACACCAGGGAUCAUCCAGGAAUGAUUCAGGUUUUCCUUGGCCAAAGUGGAGGUCUUGACAGCGAGGGUAAUGAGCUGCCACGGCUAGUCUAUGUUUCUCGUGAGAAACGCCCUGGUUUCCAACAUCACAAGAAAGCUGGUGCUAUGAAUGCACUUGUUCGUGUAUCAGCAGUUCUUACUAAUGGACCAUUCUUGUUGAAUCUUGAUUGUGAUCACUACAUAAACAACAGCAAGGCCUUGCGGGAGGCAAUGUGCUUUUUAAUGGACCCAAAUCUUGGGAAGUUUGUCUGUUAUGUUCAGUUUCCACAGAGAUUCGAUGGUAUUGAUAGAAAUGAUCGAUAUGCCAACCGCAAUACUGUUUUCUUUGAUAUAAACUUGAGAGGUUUGGAUGGUAUUCAAGGUCCUGUCUAUGUGGGUACUGGAUGCGUCUUUAAUAGAACAGCUUUGUAUGGUUAUGAGCCUCCUCUGAAACCUAAGCAAAAGAAGUCAGGAUUUCUCUCUUCAUGUUUUGGUGGCUCAAGAAAGAACAAUUCUAAAUCAAGUAAGAAGGGUUCAGACAAAAAGAAAUCUAGCAAGCAUGUUGAUCCCACUGUUCCAAUAUUCAGUUUGGAGGAUAUAGAGGAGGGCGUUGAAGGUGCUGGAUUUGAUGAUGAGAAGUCACUGCUUAUGUCCCAAAUGAGCCUUGAGAAAAGAUUUGGCCAGUCUGCAGUUUUUGUUGCAUCCACUCUUAUGGAGAAUGGCGGUGUUCCUGAGUCUGCCACACCUGAGACUCUUCUAAAAGAGGCAAUUCAUGUUAUCAGUUGUGGCUAUGAAGACAAGUCAGAAUGGGGAAGUGAGAUUGGAUGGAUUUACGGUUCUGUCACAGAAGAUAUUCUUACAGGGUUUAAGAUGCAUGCUCGUGGUUGGCGAUCAAUUUACUGCAUGCCUCAGAGACCAGCAUUUAAGGGAUCAGCUCCAAUUAAUUUAUCUGAUCGUCUAAACCAAGUGCUUCGAUGGGCCUUGGGAUCUAUUGAGAUUUUAUUUAGCCGACAUUGUCCCAUAUGGUAUGGCUAUGGUGGAAGGUUGAAGUGGCUAGAAAGGUUUGCAUAUGUCAACACCACAAUUUACCCAGUUACUGCAAUUCCUCUGCUUAUUUAUUGCACGCUGCCAGCUGUCUGCUUGCUUACUGGAAAGUUCAUUAUGCCCCAGAUUAGUAACUUAGCAAGUAUCUGGUUUAUCUCUCUCUUUCUUUCCAUCUUUGCUACUGGUAUACUGGAGAUGAGGUGGAGUGGGGUUGGAAUCGACGAGUGGUGGAGGAAUGAACAGUUUUGGGUCAUUGGAGGUGUUUCAUCUCAUCUUUUUGCCGUCUUCCAAGGUCUUCUCAAAGUGCUUGCUGGAAUAGACACCAAUUUUACCGUCACGUCCAAAGCAUCGGAUGAAGAUGGGGAUUUUACCGAGCUCUACAUGUUCAAAUGGACAACUCUUCUGAUACCCCCGACAACUCUCCUUAUAAUAAACAUAGUUGGUGUUGUUGCAGGAAUCUCCUACGCGAUCAAUAGUGGUUAUCAGUCAUGGGGUCCACUAUUUGGGAAACUUUUCUUCGCGUUCUGGGUGAUUGUUCAUCUCUAUCCAUUCCUCAAAGGUCUUAUGGGCCGCCAGAACCGGACACCCACUAUUGUCGUUGUAUGGUCCAUUCUUCUUGCAUCUAUCUUUUCAUUGUUAUGGGUGCGAGUCGAUCCUUUCACUACUAGAGUCACUGGCCCGGACAUUGAGCUGUGUGGAAUUAACUGCUAGAGCUGACAUUUCCUCGAUGAUUUCAUCUUCGUGUACCUUUGUCUAUGUGAAGUUCACAUUUGUAUAGUAAUGCAAAUCUAUGUAGUUUUAUCAGAUAAUAGUUUGCUUUUUGUGUGUUCUUCUAAGAAAACAAAGUGAAGAUUUGUAUGUUGUUCAGCUCUCUCCUCCAGUGCUAGAUGUAAGACUUGGAACAUGAACUUUUGUGUGAACAUUGUGUGAACGCACUUCUCAUCCAUGUAGUAAAAUUUUAUUCAGUCCCUGCAUUA